AAAAAGAUGUUUUAAUUGUAUUUGUCUGUCAGUAUGGGUUAUGUACUGAUUCUUGUCUGGCAACAGCUCCCAGACCAUUUCAAAUUUGCCCAUCCUCUGAAGUGAUCAACUAGAUAGUGCAAUGCCCUGUAUGUAUAAACCUGGUGGACCCUAGUUAGAUGGUAGUAUAUAGGAAAUUCAAACCAUGCAUUGAGUCAUUCUUUUUUUCAACCAGUCACUCAUUGUAUACCAGAACAGUGGUUAGAUCCUCCUGUGAAUUAGAUUUCCUACAAAAUAAUUUGAAAACCCUUCAGAUGUGCAGGAAACUGAUACCUUUCUUUCUUUCUUUCUGAGUAAUACUGAAAUUUACUUGAUGAAGAACAACAAUGCAUUACUCAACUACGUUUUAGAUAUUUGCAGUUUCCUAACAAAUGAUCAAGGGAUAUGAAUACAGGAAAAAGAGAGAGUUGAGAAGUGUAAUUGUACGCGAACACUAAACUUACAAACAAUGGGGCUAUAGCACCGUGGCCUAAGCUGAGCACUUAAGUGCUAUCCCGUUGAUGUACUCGGGUUCGAGUCUGGGAAGGGGGGGACCCCUUCCAAAAGGUUGAUCAUUGUAGCAAUGUUGGGAAGCAAAAUCCAGACCUACUUUUUCAAAGAUAACAGCGGCCAUCCUUUGUUCUUCUGUUCUUUUGUCACUUCCAAGUGUUGUAGCAUGUUAUAAAGUGGCAGAAACACAAAGACAAUUCCUCAAUGAUUGAUAAUGGGGAAAAGGUAAAGGGUCUCCUUGUCUUCCAUUUCCCUUGCAUCUCAUGUAUCAUGUUGAGAUCUUUCUCUCUCUAUAUAUGCACAUAAAUAUCAGUCUCUAUAUAAUGCUCAUUGAAGUGCCCUCAAAAGCCCAGGAAUAAUUUUGUGCAGCCAUGGAUUCAAACACAUCAGGGUACCUUCUAAACCAUACAAAUCUUCACCCAGUCUACUAUCAAGCCAAGGAGGAUGAUAAUAUAAUUGACUUGGGACUUAGUCUCAGAGCCUUGCAGCCUGAAGCUUAUCAUCCAUCUGGACAAGAUGAUUACGGGGACCUGAUAGAUUGGCACGAGUUGAACCCUGAGCGUAAAAUUGCGAAGAUGGGAUAUCCUCCAAAGAUGAGGCAAGAUUUUGAUGAAGAAUCGGAGGGAGUACAAAGCAAACAGCGAUGGGCUUAUAUUAAGGUCAACAUGGAAGGGAUAAUUGUUGGUAGGAAAAUAUGCCUACUUGAGCAUAUGGGUUACUCAACCCUUGCCACUCAGCUUGAGGACAUGUUUGGCAGACAGUCCCCAGCUGGGUUAAGGUUGUUCCAGGCUGGGUCAGAGUUUUACCUGUUUUACAAGGACAUGGAUGAGAAUUGGAGGACUGUUGGCGAUUGCCCAUGGAAGUAUAAGUUUCUUCCCCAUAAUUCCUUGUUUGCUUCUAACUUUUGUUGUUGUUGGGUUGGCAUGGUAGUAGUUAAGGUCUGGGAAAUAAAGGUUUGGUCACUCCUGAAGUUUUAGAUUCGAAAUCUCUUUGGUGCUGUCAACUCUCGUGGGGUCGGUUUGUACAAAGCUUUGUUCUGAAUUUUGUUGAGACCCCCGCAAGUGAAAAGUAAGAUUGGUUCCCCAGCAUUAGUCGAGACAAUAGAAGUCUGAGUUAUCAAAAUUUUUGUUUAGCAAAAUGUCCAAAAGAUACCACCUCUGCCAUUCAUUGUGGAUGAGCCCACAAUCUAUAUACCUUUCUGUAUGUUCUUUGAGAGUUUUUAGUAGUAAAACUUUCUUUAAUGAGCAAUCGUGUGAUGAUCAUUAAUUCAUUAUCACAUAAUUAAUGACUUUGAUUAUUAUCAAA